UAUUAGACUUGCUUGGUGGGUAACUGUGGAACGAUAAGUAUAUACGAUAUGUAGAGUAGCAGCCAUGAAACUGUAGGAAAGAUGAUGUAUUCUUUCCAAUAAUCAUAAAAUAUUUCUGAGCAUCAGGUUCAUUAUGAUGAACCGGGUACAACCAGAAAAUGUUCACUCCACCAUAUUUACUCCACGAGAAUAUCAGGUGGAGUUGGUAGAUGCCUGCCUCAAAGGGAACACCCUUUCAGUGCUGGCCUCCCGCUCCACAAGGACAUUCCUCAUCACAAUGGUCACACGAGAAAUGGCCCAUCUCACCCGGAGCAAGGAGCAGGGAGGCAAGGGACAGCGAACAUUACUCACUGGUUGGUCGGGGCCAGGGCUGGUGCGUGCAGGCGAGGCUAUUCAACAAAAUACCAACUUAGCUGUGACCACUUACACUCGCCUUGAGCAGGUGGAAGGCUGGCUACCUUCACGAUGGAGUCAGACUUUUACAGAGGCCCAGGUGAUAAUUAUGACUGUGGAUGUACUUGAAAAAGGGCUUGAAACAGGAUUAUUACAGCUAGACAUGUUGAACCUACUUGUAAUUACCGAUGCACAUCGUGUAGCAACUUUCCCUCCUUUAAUUAAGGUUUUAAAUUUAUGUCGUGGAUGUAGGAUCCUUGGCAUGACAUCACCAGUCCUAAGUCAUGCCUGUUCGCCACCACAAUUAGAAUCCUUCCUUACACACCUUCAGGAUGCUACAUCUUGCGUGGUAGACACUUCAUCAGAAAUUGUCACUGUCCUUAGGUAUGUGAAUAAACCAGUUGAGAAGAUUGUGAUGUGCCGUGACCCAGACCCUGAUGAACGUUCAGAAGUAGAACUAGAAGUGCGUAGGCUUGUGGGAGAAGCUCUUAGUUUUCUUGAUAAUCAUCGCUAUGAUUUGGUGGAAGUCUAUGGUCCAGAAUACCAAGAAUUUUGUGAUGAUCUGCCUGACCCCAACAAAGAGCCAAGGCAGAUAUUGAUGGAUUUCCUUGAUGUGCUCAAUAAUUUAGGAUUGUGGUGUGCUGACCGUGCAGCAUUGUACGCACUAGUGGAAGUUGAGAAGCUUAAGAAAAAAACAGCUUAUGACAGGCAUUAUCUUCUGUUGUGUAUGAUCUUCACUGUCAUGGCACGUAUAAGAGCUGUUGUUGAGCAAACAUUUGAUAAAUAUUCUGAAUUAGAUCAGAUCUUGAAAUUCUCAACUCCAAAGGUAUUGCGCUUGGUAGAGAUCCUCCGGCAGGUCCGACCUCUUAACUUCGUAGAUCCACGGAAGAGAAGAGAUAGAUUAGAAGCGUUUGAGAAUGGGAAAUCAGCUGCUGCUCUUGAAGGUAGUGAGGACACACAGGAAAACAAAACUUCAGCAGAAGAUAAGAAUGUACAUGAAGAUCCUACAAAACUUGCAACUGAUGGAGGAAACACAGAAAAUCUACAAGGAUCUGCCUCCAAAUCGGAAACUGAAAUGAGCUGUGAAGGUUCAGAAGAGCCAAGUGAUACAACAUUAUGUGUUCAAGGAAGCAUUUAUGGAAUUUCAGAAAUUCCACUUGUAAGCUCAGGAGAUGGUGCUAAUGAUCCAAAUAAUGAGUGUGAAGUAAACAGUGGAAAUGCCAUGCCAGACCUCAAAGCUAUGGAAGAGCUGAGUGAAGGCCAUUCUCAGAUCCAUGGUACAGAGCCAGCAUCAGAAGAUCCCUUCUUAGCUGAUGAAAAUUCCACAGAAGAUAAAUCAGAAUUGUCUCAUGGAGCUCCAUCUAACAUGUUUUGUGGAUCGUCCGUUGAAGAUUCUAGUGAAGUUGUUGACAUAUCCACUGAUGGAGGAUAUUUUACUGCUGUCUCUGAUGUUUCUCCAAAAUGUACAAGUAAGGCUGUGUCUGAUUCGUAUACAAAUGAUAUAGAAGACUGUAUGAUUAAAGCAAAUUGUAAUAACCAUGAAGUGAAUGUGUCAAGAAUGACUGAAGUAAAUACUGAAAACUUCUGUGCUGAAGUAAUUGACAAACAUAGUUGUUUACAAGAUAGCUUGGAAGAUGGAGUAGACUUCACUAAGCACAGUAUGAAAGAAAGAUCUGCUGAUGAUAUGCACAUUACAGUACAAACUUGCCCAGAAACUACACAAUAUUGUUCAAAUGCCUGUGAAGAUGUAGUUGCUAAGACUAAUGAUGAGGAUGGGUCAGCAUUAGAGGACAGUUUAUGUAGGCUUAAUAUUAAGGAAUCAUCUUGCACAGAUGGCUGUGAUACAGAAAGCAUUAAGAGCUGUGAUCUACAUAAUGGAGUUCUGAGUGCCAAAAAUGAUUUGCUAGACACUGCCAUGAUACAAAAUGUGAAAAAUAUGACUCUAUGCAAUGGAUUUGAGCAUGGCAGUAAAGAUGAUAUAAUGGAUUCUGAAAAAGACAUUACAAGUAAAAUGAAUGGCCAUGUUGAUCCAAGUGAAUAUGAUUCAGAAAGUGAAGACAUUAGUGAUAGAUAUAAAAGCUGUGAAUCAGUACAAAGCCAGGCUAGUGUGGAAACUUCCAGUAAAGAAGGCUCCAUAUCAGACACAUUUGUUCCCUCUGCUACCUCUUAUCUGCCUUGCAAGGCAGAUGCUACUUCUGCUGUUGAUGAAACUGCAACUCCAUCUGAUUCUGCACCAAAUGAACAGGAGUUACCUACUUGUACCAGUGGUGUGGAAAACACUGAAGAUCCUGCUUUAGUUUCUACUUCAGGGACAACACAGAACACAACCAUUUGUUCUGAUUCUGCUGCCUUUUCCAAUAAUAGUAAUGGUACUCAACCCGCAACACAAACAGUGUCAUCAGAGGCAGCUGCCAUGGCUGAUACUUUGGCCAUGCUAUUACCAAAUAGUGGUAAAGGACGCAAAAGACGAGAUGAUGUUAAAGAAAAAGUAAAGGUCCACAAUCCAGAAGAUCCUGAUUCUGUUUGUGGCCUCAUUUUUGUACAUCAUCGAAGCAUGGCCAAGAUUAUAUACAGGCUAUUAAAGGAACUGAGCGACAUUGGGGGAGAUUUUGCUUGGAUUUUCCCCCAGUACACAGUAGAAGCCAAGGAAAGUGUAAAGGAAGAUCCCAGGGCUGCAGAGGCAGAACACAAGAAGCAAGAGGAAGUACUCAGGAGAUUCCGACAUCACGAGUGCAAUAUACUUGUCUCAACACGUGUGUUAGAAGAAGGAAUUGAUGUUCCACAGUGUAAUCUGGUACUAAGGUUUGAUCCUCCCACCGAUUAUCGCUCGUAUGUCCAUAGCUGUGGUCGAGCAAGAGGCCAUGACACUUUCUAUUUUCACUUGAUUACGAAGAACCAGGAGAUCAGCUUUCUUCAUGACAUGGCUACCUAUUCUGCAUUUCAACAGGUGCUUGUAAGUCAUUGUGGCAGUGUUGAAGUGGGCACAGACAGAGAGGUUCUGUCAUCAGAAGCCAAUGCAGCUCAUGCCCCUUAUUUAACUCCAGCUGAAGCAGCUGUUACAAUGGCUUCAGCUAUAGGGCUCUUAAACAAAUACUGUGCUAAGUUACCAAGUGACACUUUCACUCGUCUAACUGCUAUGUGGGAUGUAGAAGAAAUAGAAGAGGCAGAAGUUGAAAUACCAAAAUACAAGUGUAAGAUCAUGUUGCCCAUCAACUCACCAUUGAAAGGAACUAUUGAGGGUCCAUGGCAAAGCAAAGUUUCACUAGCUAAGAUGGCUGCAGCUCUAGAGUGUUGUCGAAGACUUCAUCAGAUGGGAGAGUUAGACGAUCAGCUUCAACCAGUAGGAAAGGAAAGCAUGAAGUUAGAUGAUCACCUGUGUGCUCCACCUGCUGAUGACCAGGUGCCAGAGGGGAUGCCUCGGCCAGGAACAACAAAGAGGAGACAGUAUUAUUAUAAAAAGGUUGCUGUUUGUCUGACUGGGGAACAACCAAAACAAGGACUAGAUUUGUUUGUUUAUAAACUAGAUAUGGUGCUAACUUGCCCCAUCCCUGAUGAACAAAACACUCGUGGUCGUAAGAUUUACCGUCCAGAGCAGUCCUCACGUUCAUUUGGAAUCAUCACAACAAAGCCAAUCUCACAGGUCAGUGGAUUUCCAGUAUUCACUCGUUCAGGGGAAGUUGUUGUCCAUGUUCAAGAAAUUGAAAGAAAGGUUAAUGUCACUCAAGAUCAGUUGUCAGCCUUACAGUACUUCCAUAAGUUCACCUUCACACAUGUGCUACGGCUGGAAAAAUAUCCAAUCAAGUUUGAUCCUACAAAUGCAAGAACAGCUUUUUACAUUGUACCUCUAAACAAGUUUAAUGGAAGUGAAGGCAUUGAUUGGGAGUUUGUAAAGGAGAUCCAAUCUGAAGGAGACCCCAGACCAGUCCCUCCACAGGAUGAUGCAAGGAAAAAGUUUCAGUUCCAGCAUGAUCUCUAUGAGGAUGCAGUAGUUAUGCCUUGGUACAGAAAUCAAGAUCAGCCUCAGUAUUUUUAUGUAGCUGAAAUUUGCACUCAUCUCAAUCCACAAAGUGAUUUUCCGGAUGCAGGGUUUGAGACCUUCGAAAAAUACUACCUAACUAAAUAUGGCCUUCAAAUAUGUAACCUUGCUCAGCCUUUGCUUGAUGUUGACCACACAUCUGGAAGACUGAAUCUGCUCACGCCACGUCAUGUUAAUAGGAAAGGAGUGGCACUGCCUACCACCUCAGAAGAAACUAAACGUGCCAAACGAGAGAACCUUCAACAAAAGCAGAUCUUAGUACCUGAAUUGUGCACCAUUCAUCCCUUCCCAGCCUCCCUGUGGCGAAAAGCAGUAUGUUUGCCAACCAUCCUCUAUCGUAUUAAUGCUUUACUUCUUGCUGAUCAACUAAGGCUCUCAGUGGCAAGUGAAGUUGGAUUAGGACUCCAGACUCUUCUACCAGAUUUCUCCUGGCCACCUUUGGACUUUGGUUGGAGUUUAGCUGAUGUUCUCAGGAAAAACCAGGAAAAUCAAGAGCAAGAUGACAAAUCAAACAUUGCUUCAGAAGCCACCAACAGCAAGCAGAAAGCUACCAAAGCUGAGAAUUCAGAAUGUGAAUCUCCAACUCUUGCAGCAAAAAAGAAGGCUCCUAAGAAGGGAAAUGACAUGGAAAUUGGCACAUGGUCAAAUGAUAUGGCAGUUGAUCCUCCAACACCUCCAUUUGAUAUGGACACAAUGAAUGGACCAGAUGAAUUUGAAAUUGAUACAUUCGAUCCCAAUGUAGCCCUGCCUGACAACCUGACUUUACUGAAUGGCUUUUCAGGUGCUGAUGAUGAUGUAGAAGGUGAAUUAGGGGCUGACUGGGGCACUGGCAUUACUGAACGCCGGACCAAGAGCAGUUGCAACAAAGACAGCAAAGGAGGGAUGUUUAGAGUGGGUUCACCUUCAAAUUUUGAGAGUGAUGGCUGGGACAUGUUUGGUAGUUCAGGUUAUAAUGGUGGGUAUGGAGGAUAUGGUUCCUAUGAUGCUUAUAGUGGUUAUGGAGAUUUUCAGGGUCUGGCAGAUGAUCUUGAAGGCUGUGAGUCUGAUGUUUCAUCUGACAUGGAUGAUGAUGAUAAAAGUCAGACAGAAAAACUGUGGGAUGAGGAGGGGACCAAAAGGCGGUCUAGUAUGGCAGCUGAUGAGGGGUCAUCGGAUGAAGAGAUUGACUUGAAUUGGCCAGAUGAAGAUGAAGAAGUACGAAAUGAAAAGGAAAAAGAAUUUCAGUCAUUUUUAGAGGAUAAACAGAAGAUUAUAAAGGAAAGUUCCUGCUAUCUGGCAGAAAGUGAAUCACUACUAAUUGAAAAGGCACACAGGAAACUGCAGAAUGAAAGCAAGUCAUCCCCAGAGAAGGUUUCUCAUCGUACUGAAAGUUCUACUACUGAAGGCUGUGAACAAUUAUCUUCAAAAGGCUGUGAUAAUGCUCAACAAUCUACCUCAAACAUAAUUAGAACUGUGAACAGAGAUGAAACUCUUGCACUUACAAGGCCAGACUCUGAGGUACAGUGUUCUUCAUGGUACAGCAUUUGUGAGGAAAUGUCAUUCAGUUUUGAUUUCCAACCUGAUCUUCUUAACCAUCCAGGACCAUCACCAAGUGUCAUACUCCAGGCACUAACAAUGUCUAAUGCUAAUGAUGGAGUCAAUUUAGAGCGGCUUGAAACCAUAGGGGAUUCUUUUCUGAAAUAUGCCAUCACAACCUUCCUCUAUUGUACUUAUCCACAACGUCAUGAAGGAAAGCUUAGUUACCUACGUUCAAAGCAAGUCAGUAACCUGAAUCUCUAUCGUUUAGGCAAGCGAAAAGGGCUUGGAGAGUGUAUGGUUGCCACAAAAUUUGAGCCCCAUGAUAACUGGCUGCCACCCGGCUACUUUGUUCCAAGGGAAUUAGAGGAAGCUUUGAUUGACUCUGGGGUACCUGCAGGUCAUUGGAAUAUGGCUGACUUACCUGGACUUCAUGACUUGGCAAGUGAUGAAAUUAGACGGCUAGUUCAGGAGCGCUCAGAGCAGAUCAAGCGCAGUAAGAGUGAGCAGGCAACUAGUGAACUCAUGGCUACACAGAAUCCACAUGACCUGCCAAUAUUUAUCCCAUACAAUUUGCUCACACAGCACAGCAUCCCAGACAAAAGUAUUGCCGAUUGUGUAGAAGCCUUGAUUGGUGCUUACUUGACUACAUGUGGGCCUCGGGGUGCUUUACUAUUUAUGUCUUGGCUUGGAAUCAAAGUGCUACCAUGUACAUUAGAAAGUUCUCCAGAAGCUAGUGAGCUUAUUACAUAUGGGCACUUGGAAUCUCCUCAGUCUCCACUAUAUCAUUGCCCUCUCACUGACACCAGAAAGGAACUGGAUUUGCUUCUUAGCGGAUACCAAGUGUUUGAAGAAAAGAUUGGGUACACAUUCCGUGAUCGUUCAUACUUGUUGCAGGCCUUCACACAUGCCUCUUACUACAAAAAUCGGUUGACUGACUGCUAUCAGAGGCUUGAAUUUCUAGGAGAUGCUGUUCUUGAUUACCUGAUAACUCGUCAUUUGUAUGAGGACAAGAGGCAACAUUCACCAGGUGCACUAACUGACCUUCGGUCAGCAUUAGUCAAUAAUACAAUAUUUGCAUCCCUUGCUGUCAAAUAUGACUACCAUAAAUACUUCCGCCAUUUUUCACCUGGUUUAGACCGAGUUAUCAGGGACUUUGUGAAGAUGCAAGAGGAAAAUGGCCAUAAAAUCAAUGAGGAGUACUACUUCAUGGAAGAAGAUGAAUGUGAAGCAGCAGAAGACAUCGAAGUUCCUAAAGCCCUUGGUGAUGUAUUUGAGAGUGUAGCAGGUGCAAUCUUUCUUGACUCUGGUAGCUCCUUGGAUGCAGUGUGGUCUGUGUAUUAUACUAUGAUGUGUCGGGAGAUAGAACAGUUCAGUGGAGUGGUACCAAAGUCACCCAUUAGGGAGUUGCUAGAAAUGGAACCAGAAACAGCCAAAUUCGGAAAGCCUGAACGUCUUGUUGAUGGGAAGGUUAGAGUGUCAGUUGAAAUAUUUGGAAAAGGGUCAUUUUCAGGAGUUGGGAGGAAUUAUCGUAUUGCAAAAUCAACAGCUGCUAAGAGGGCUCUGAGACACUUGAAAAAGUUACAAAUGAUGGCUAAUCAGGGUAUCUGAUUGGGACAUUCUUUGUAAGGGAAAUAUCUGAUACAGUAAUUUUUUAGUGUAAUGUAAUAAAAAAAAAAUAAAAAAAUAAAAAAAUAAAAAAUAAUUAAGGGUUAAGAAAGAUCUGAAAUUUGUACAUGCAGCAUUUACAACUUGGAUUUUUGUAGGUUUUAUUAAUGGUAAGAAUAUAAUUAACCUUUCUUUUAUCAUAAAAGAAAAUUGACAUUGGCAUUGGAAAGAGUGGACAAAUUUGCUUCUGGGAAAUGUAAUGGGUGUCAGCAAGUUAAUAAGUUGCCAUUUUUAUAGCCAUUAUGUGUAACUUUACUUUUCCCCUUUUUAUCAAAUUUUAGAAAAAAAAUGUUUACCAUUCAGUUAGUUACUGUAGACAAAGUUUCAUGCCUACAUUUAUAAUCAGUCACUUUUAUUAUAGGUAUUGAGAGUACAAAUGUGCAUAAUACAGAAAACAUUGCAGUGUAAUCCUGCAAAAGAUUCAAGUGCAAUUGUGCAGGCUGCUUCAUGCCUCUGUUAUGACCAGUAAGUUAUGGGGCUCAGAGAGAUCUGUGCUGUGAGCCAGGAACUUAUAAACUAGUAACCACACAAAUUAAAGUUCCAACAUAUGAAGGGUGUACAUUAGAAUAUUCUUUCCAGGUUCCUUAGUGCAAUGCAGACUUACUCUCAGUUAUUCAUCUCUUCUUUAGAUCAUACAGUUUAGGGUCAUUUGAAGAAGGCAAACACAUACUUAUAAGUUGUCAUAGGCUUUGUGGUUGUAAGUUUUUUCAGACUUGGCAUAUACUACAGUUUCCUGGUCAGUUUUCAAGGUUUUUUUUUUUUACUUUCUUUUUCCCAUCUCAUCUUGUCUCACCAUUCGUGUAUGACUGCAUUGUUGACUUUGGUUCUGUGUUGAGAAGUGCCAUCUCCCAGUGACCCAGUCCUUGAACUGUUCCACCAUAAUGCUGUGAUUCCUUACCUGACAUUUAGUUCAAAUGUUAAGAUUUAUAUUAUUGUGUAGAUUAUUGGAGUCAUUGUAAAUUUUUGUAUAAUUUAUUACUAAAUCUGCGUGCUGGCUCACUACUUGAAAAUGCUUUCUAUGUUUUAUUUUGUAUUUAUAGACCUUUUUUAUGCAUUGGUUCAGAUUUUAUUGCUAGAUGUACCUCAUUUGUAUUAUUAUUUCUUAUUGUUAUUUUUACUUUAUUUUCUUUCUUCAUACAUAUAAAAGUUGCCCAAAAAAAACUUUUUGGAGAUGCUUUAUAUCACUUCAGGUUAUAAUUAGUCUCCUUUGUAAACUCUUAUGGUUCAUGACAGAUCUUAUUAUUUUUUAUAUUGAAAGCUCCAUAGGCUUUGGCUGAAUUAAAGCAUGAGAACUCUUUUAGCAUUAACAAGAUGUGUCUGAACAAUUUACAUUGUAGCCCAAAUAUCUAUGGUGAAAGUAUGAACUGUAGUUGAAACACCAUUUUUUUCAUUAUUUUUUAAAGGAGUGUGGAUAUGCAAGUACAUAGAUAUGUGGAUAUUUAUAAGAAUGCAGCUCCAGAAAGUUAAUGUAUUUGUUUACAUAUACAUAUUCAGAUUCAUUUCAUGGAUAUGUGAAGAUUGAUUUGACAUUUUUAUUUAAGUAUGUACAGUGAAGAGGAUUAAGUUUUGAAAUUAGUAAGGAUCUCCAGAGCAUUUAGGUACUAUAUAUUGGAUAAUGCUUGGGUUUAUGCUUCCCUAUUUACUGGCUGCUCCUUCCUGUAUGAAAUGCAUUUUCAGCUUGAACUGAAAUGUUCUCUGGGAAUUUGAACAAAAGCCUCUUGUUAUUGUUAUACUGUACAUUGAAAAUGUCAGUAUAUAAUAACUAACAUCAUAUGAUGAUAUAUAUUUUACUUAUGCAUGUUUAUUUUGAAGUUAGAGGAUGAGCUAUUUGUUCCCUUUAUUGAAAAUUGGUAUAAAAUGAAUUCCUAAACAAUUAAUUGAUUUGAAUUACUUUGAUAAUUUUCUGUUUUGUUCUGUCUGUCUUCUUCAGUGAGUCAUACAGAGAUGAGAUAUUUUAUUGAUCAUUGGAAUACCAGCAGAGGCUGGUAUGUAUUAAAGAUUCUCUACACAGAUAAAUGUCUCUCAGUUCAUGCUUAAAAGGGUAUUUUAUGUAGUACACAUAGCAGUGUAUAUACAUGAUUGGUUCUCACUUAUUUAGAGUAGUGUCACAAUGUUCCUAAUUAUCUGGUGAUGCAAAUUUGCUCUGAGAAUAUUUAUGGUUAUCUUGUUGGAUAUUUGGAUGACUGCUAUAGCUUUUCAUGAUCUCGGUACACAUACAGAAAUACAGUUUGCUCAGCUAUGUAUUGUUUAGUAAAUAAUAAUUUAAUGUUUAUCAAUAUGUUGCUUAAUGCAAGUGCUGGCAUUUUGACAUUGAGAAAUACAUUUAUACAUAACUUGUUAUAUUUAGUAAGUUACAUUUGCUGAUUUUCAGUAUAAGUAUGGAGUUUGUAUAGAAUCACAAAAUGGCAUGUUAAUGUUUUUUAAGAUCCCAGUUGGCAUUUGUAUGCUGACCAAUACUUAAUCAUUUACUGUUUCUGUCAAUUUAUUUAGUACCAUUCAUGGAGCUUCAGGUUGUUAGUGGUUAUUAAUCCUAUGUAAAAUAUUCAGAAAAGAGCCUAUUAAGUUUUCAAGACACAAGUACAAGUUUGUUGUAAUAAUUACAGGAGUAUUUAAUAUUUUUCAAGUUUUAUUCAGAAUUUUUAACAUUUCAUUUACGGAAAAGACUAUAUCAUAUGAUAUAGUGUAAAUGUGCCAUGUAUGGAUUGGUAUAUAAUGCAACAUUCAGAGCUUUAGAAAGAGAAGAGAAUUGGCUUGAGCAUGCAUGCUAGAUUCAUACCUGCAUUUGUAAAACUGCUUGAUUGUUUACAUUUUAUAGCUAUAAUAUGAUCAAUAGAUUCUGUCUGUGGACACUCUUGGAUCCUUGGUUAUGAUUUGUUCCUAGUCAGAUAUUGGUCCAAGGUUGUAUAUGAAUAUGAUCCCAACAGGGCUUUGGUAGGGUAAGUGGUGUUUGGGAAGUAAACUUUCUGUACCAUUGCAGGCUAUAAGAACUAGCAGAAAGUGCCUCCCAGCUUACAGUUGGGGAGACGUUAUCAGCUAGUUGUCAUCUUGUUCAUGUGAUUCAAUCCUGCAGUGGUGCUUGUCAAUUUAGUUUAUAUAAGCAACUCUUAAAAUUUGGGAGUUUUAAAUCAAGUUUGCUUCUGCUUACCCAGUAGUUAUUGUAGGGGGUGCAACAUUGAGGAACAUGCAGCCUUUGAGCACACUAUCAUAAGACACUCUAGAAAUAGAUGAUUUUUUUUUUUUCUCUCUCUCUCUCUCUCUCUCUCUCUGUUUUUUCUUUAUAUUUAAUAUUGCAAGGAUUUUUUUAAGGAUUAAUGCAAUUGAAAUAUCUUAACUCCCAUUUUACCUCAAUUUUGCACUUAGAAUUAAGACUGAGCUACGGCCAGGGUCCAGUUCCCAUGUCGCAGUGAGGAAGCACGCCUCUUCCCAGCGUAUCCUUGGUGAUAGGGGAAUUGGGCUCAUCCCUACUUGCUCAGCUGCAGCUGUAAUUUGUUUGCAGUACUAUUUACUCCAGGGAUCAUUUGUAUUAAUAAUAAGUGAUCUCAUUUAUGUUUAUGUAUGAGGUUAUUAUUUUUCUAGUAUAAGAUGUAUUUAAAAUAAAGUUUGAUAAGAAUAGCAUCUGACAAUUGCACUUUGUAAAUGAAUGUAAUUGAUUUUUGCUAUUACUAACUGUAAUGGGAAAGUGAACCUUCAUAUUAUCCUUAUGUCACAAUGUAUCCUUGCAGGAUUUUUUUCCUCCUCAAAUAUCCUUGUAUCGUGCUACAGCAUAUGGGUGAUUUUAUGCUCAAGACAAAGUAGAGGAAUAUGGUGUAAGAUAUGUUUAGCAUUUUAAAGAUUUUGUUUUAGAAUGACUAUAUAAUGUGGAAUACAAAAGUCAACACAUAUCCUAGUUUGCCAGUCUUAUUUUCCCCUUUUUUUUCUAAUUGCAUCCAUUUCCUUUUUCUCAGUACUUCAAUUUUCCCCUGUGUUAUAGAUAUCCUGGAAAGUGAGAGUGUAAAUGGAGAGUGAAGGUGGGUGUGAGUGGAGAGCGAGUGUAGGUAUGGGUGAGAGUGAAUGGCAAGUGAGUGUUGGUGUGAGAGUGAGUGUAUAAGAGCGAGAGAGUUUAUGAGUAAAUGAGUGAGUGAAAUUGUGUAUGAGUGAGAGUAUGUGUGCAAGUGUGUUUAUGCAUAGUGUGGGGGGGGGGGGGGCUAGGUAAAUAAUAUAUUUCAAAUUCAUAGUUUUCACACAGCAUUUGCCUAAUGCUAACACUUUAAAUUUCUUAACAAAAUGAUGGUUCAUAUUGGUCUCACCUUUUCUGAGUUAGUAACCAAGGAAAGCCAGUAAUAGUUUUCAUGAAUCCAUAAAUAUGUAAACAUUAUUAUGAUCACAUCAAUAUAGAUACAUUGGUUUGCUGAGCCUUGUAAACAUAUACUCACCAAUGUAAAAAAAAAAAAAAAAUCUUUCUUUCUUCUCGUUCUUCCCCUCCCCUUCUCCUCCCCCUCUAUUGUGCUUUAGAAUUGAAAUAGAAGGUUGUUUUAUGAUGAGAAAUUAAGAAAGAGCUCUGUACCUUUCAGUUUCAUUCCAGUCUUGACUACCAUCAGGAUAGACACACAUUUUCCGUACUCUGCUUUAUCUUUCUUAUAUAUUUUACUUAUAAAAUACACCACAUAAUGUGAUCCUUAGUUUGUAAUUUUAUUACAGUUAAAUAAGUGUCUGAUUUAAUUCAAAUAGUAGAAACUGCAUUUACCUUUUUCUGGUAUAUUACUUUGUAGAUAUAAUGUUUUAAUUUUUUUUAUAUUCCAAAAUAUACUGAAUUUUCAGUAAAAAGUUUUAGAAUAUUCAAAACUUUGAUUUGCAAAAAUGGGAAAUAUUACCAUUUCCCAAAAAUACAUUCAGAAAUGCAAUUUUUUAUUUCAAUAUACACAUGUGGAAAUUUACCUAAAAACAAGUUCACAAGUUAUAGUGUAUUUUCCCCCAAGCCUUUCCUUCUACAUUAUCUGAAACAGAUAAACAAAUCCACAAUCAUGAUACCUUGACACUACUGCCAAAGCAAUUUCGACUGAUCCUUAAACUGCUAAUCAUAUCAGCUAUUUUUCAGAAGCUAUGAAAUAUCAGAAAAAAAAUUUGGUUUUAUAGUGAAGUACUUCUACUAUGUAGCAGGGAUGAAUGGUUGCUCAUUGUUUGUUAAUAUUUGCAAUACUAUAUGAAAAAUACUGAUGGAUAUAUAUUAUAUUUGAUAUGUUUAGAAUACAAUUUCCUUUUUUUUUUUUUUACAAAGAAAAAGAAUCAUAUCAUGUAAAAGCAGCUUAUGUAAAUAAAUUUUGAAGAUCCUGUACCAAAAAUUAUACUGUCCAAGUAUUGAUUUUAUAAAUGUCAAAAGUAAGCAAUAAAAAGAAAAUUAUAAAGUAAUGGUAAAGUAUUAUUGUUUCUUUUUCUGUUAAGGGGCAGAGGAUAAUGUAAACUUUUGGACUUGUAUGUUCUACAUACUUCCAUCUGUUGUAUGGUAUCUGCAAAGGAAACAGCUUUUUUAUAUAUCAAUAAACCCGAGUACCUAACAGUCCUCAUUGACUAACCAUGAUUGUCUGAUAAGGUGUAUUGGUUGCACCAGGUGUCCUUGUCAUAAGACCUUUGCUUGGUAUGCAUGUUCAUGUAAUUUCUGUAUUUGAUUAUAUUGUCGUUUAAAUAAAAUUGGUGUCAGUUGAA